GUCCAACCUGUCGCCAUGUCGACAUACGCGAUCCAGGGCAUCGUGUUCUUCUUGACGCACCCAAGCCUCUGGCUCACGCUGCUCUGCCCGACGAUCAUGACUAUUGUUGUCGCUCUGUGCUCUGUGAUCGGGCUGUUUGCUAUUGCGCUGUAUCCAACUGCCGUGCUCUACAAGCACGUUGGACUUCCUCCAGUGUGGGCGUGGGUGCUUGCGGUCGUGACUGUGCUUGCCGAAGUCUUCCUCACUACGCUCAUCUACUCGUUAACGUGCUCGGGAUGCUUUGUCGACAAGGUCUUUGAAAAGGUGUUGGUCAUGCGAGGCCAUGGUCGCGUCGUCGAAGAAGCCGAGGUCCGUGCGCGCUGCUGUCGGCAAUGCAAAGCAUGCUGCAACGUAUCGAUCUGGCUGCGUCUAGUCGUGCUGGUCGUGACGCUGCCUCUUCAUUUGAUCCCGAUUCUCGGCACGAUCGCGUACGUGUGGCUCAAUGCCAGCCUCAAGGGAUGGGAAGCCCACUUGUACUAUUUUGAAAUGAAGGGGUACCGAUACGAAGAGCAGAAGGCCAUCUUUGAGAAGCGCCGCCUUCAGUACUCCUCGUUUGGGAUCCAGUGCAUGUACUUGGAGCUCAUUCCAUUCUUUGGCUUUUUCUUUCUGCUUACGAAUGCCAUCGGCGCUGCCCUCUUUGCCGCCGACAUGGAAGACGAACUCCAGAACGGCAGCUUCGCCGUGAACCCCCACAACACUGGUCUGCCCGAAGAAAAGCAAAUGUUCGUGUGACGUGUUUUUAUCAAGGCACCGCGGUGUGGCACCAAAGACAGGCACUCAUAACUACACGGUUUACUCGACCAAAUGCGAAUUUACUAUGACGCGCCUUUUCAAUUGGUCAAAACUACGCGAUUUGAACGA